AUGACACGUGCUCAGUCACCGUUGCUCAGCAGACGGGGCUCUCGUCCACCUCACAUUAGAACUUCUUCAAUGCCCAUGUCUGCUCCAGUACAAGCCUCCCCUGCGCUCAGUAGACGCCGCGUUGCGUCAUACGGACAGAGCCGUCGCUCAUCUCCAGCUCUGCAGGCCAACUCCCAGUCGGCAAUCAUGAAGCGUCGCCGUACAAGAUCACCUAGCCAUCGUUUCACACCUAGAUGGACUGCCUCACCGAGUCCAAUGCCUCUUGGGAUUCAUGAUCGUCAACCAGCGCGUGGCACUACACCCUUUGCCUAUGCUACGCCGUACAGCAAUGCUCCUCUCCAGGAACGACCUAUUCGCGCAGGAAGUGCUGCUCUUGUUCCCGCCCAGGAUGACUUCGACGAUGACUCUGACUUCAACAUCGAGAUUUAUGAGAGCGGAUCCGAAGACAUGGAAGACACUGAGAGUGUGAACGACAUGGAGGUCAUCACACAUGACCAAGCUUUCGCAGAGCAAGGUUCGCAGGGUUGGCAGCUUCCAGAAGAUGAGCCGUGGCCUGGGAUCGAGGACCAGCGCGAAGCCUCAGAUGGUGAAAACAUUGAUCCUCACCAGACUGAUCCUGGCAGCAACGUCAGCAGUCAGCCAUCUGAGUAUCCCAGUACACAAAAUGCAUGGCCAGAUAACAACACGGCCGAGUUUCACAUUCACGAAGAUGACGAUAACAAAUCAUGA